AUGUUCCAUGCAGGUUUCCUGGAACCGCAGGCGGUGGUCAUGGACGUCGACGAACCUCCAGAUUCAAGUGGCGCAGAAUGCGCAGCGUCAGCCUCUGGUGAAGUCCAUAGGGAAGCCGUGAUACUCGAAGGAAUUGCAUGUAGAGUGGAUCAGGCAUACGAAGCGCUGUGGCACGCUCGGAUAGAGUAUUUGAACUCGGGCGGCCUGAGGGCAGUCCUCUGGCACACUGGCACUUCGUACCGACCGCUGGCGCAGGCGCAACUGGUGGCAACGCCGCAGCGCCUAUGUCUGCACUAG